AUAAUGAUUCACUUCAAUGAGAGCGAUUAAGCCUCGUGGAACUUACAAGAACUCGGCGCUGGCCGAUCUGUGCCGCCCUGGGCGCGGACGUGUUCAUUAACAUCGUAUCCUCCUAGUUCGGAGUAAUUGAAGCUGUCGCAGCAGAAUGGGGAAGGAUACGAAAGGGGAUCGGAAGCCCAAUAAGCCGUCAAGCAGCGCACGCGCGGCGGAGACGCUCGCGAGUAAAGCGGCUGCGGGAGUCGGCGUCGGCUUUGGAGGGUUCAUGGGGGGAACGCCUGUCGCUACCAGCGCGCCAGGGUUUGCAUUCGGUGGCGCUGCGGCUGCCUCGCGCACUGGCACAGCCGAUGGCGGUGCCGCCGCUUCCUCUGCUGCGAGCGAUGGUGGCGGCGGCGGUGCCAGCGCCUUGGAGCCCCACCUGGCGGGUGGCGGCGACCCGCUGCUGGCGGCCCAGCUGGACGGCGAGCUGGCCCAGUGCCUGAGGCACCUCUCCAAAAAGGACGCCACCACCAAAACCAAAGCUUUGCAGAACCUGCGCGCGCUGGUGCCCAGCCGCUCCACCGACCAGGUGGCGGCCGCGCUGCCCGCCUGGACCCAGUGCUACCGGCGUCUGGUGCUGGACGCGUCACGCGCCGUGCGCUCUGAGGCCGCCGCCACCCUGGCCGCCUUCCUCACCGCCGCCGGCAAGGCCACCGCGCCGCACCUGCGCUCGCUCAUGGGGCCCUGGUGGCUGGCGCAGCAUGACCCGCACGCUGACGCCGCCGCACAGAGCCGAGCCGCCUUUUCGGCCGCCUUCCCGAGCUCCGGCUCCGGCUCCCGGCGGCAGCUGGAGGUGCUGCUGCACUGCCGGCUGCAGCUGGCCGCCUACCUGCGCGACAUGAUGACGGCGGCGCCCGCGCAGCUGGGAGACCCGCGCAAGGACAGCCCUGAGGAGCUGGAGGAGCGGCACGAGCGGGUGCAGGCUGCCUGCUGCGCCGCACUGGCACAGCUCAUAGACGUGCUGGCGGGGGCUGGGGCGGCCGCUGCCCGGCACCCAGAGCCUCAGCAGCAGCAGCAGCAGCAGGAUCAGGAGCAGCGGCAGUGCGGCCGAAGCGAGUCAGCCGAUCAAGCCCGGGCUCCUGUGGCGGUUGCGAGCACCACCCGGCCUUCCGCCACGCCUGAUCCGGAGUCGGAGCUGCUGGCGGCGGUGCAGGAAGCGCUGUGCAGGCCGGGCUUCUGGCGGGCGGCGGCGGGCGCAAAGAGCGCCAUGGUGCGGCGGGCGGCGUACGGCUUGGCACGCACCGCCGCCACACGCGCGCCGUCGCUGCUGGCGGCUUGUGUGGCGGAGUCGGCGCCAUGUGUGCUGGGGGCGCUGGGUGACAAGGAGCCGGGCAACCACGGCGCCGUGUGGGAGGCGCUGCUCACGUACGGCAAGUAUGUGCCGGAGGGCUGGAGCCACGUGAACCUGCGCAAGAUGCUGCUGCCGCGCCUGACCUCGCUGCUGCGGCACGGCUGCUACGGCUCCGCCGCCUCGUCGCUGCCGGCGCUGCUGCCGCUGCUGCCGCUGCUGCCUCGGGGCACACUGGGACCGGCGCCAGAUGUGCUGACCAGCCUGCUGGAGGCGGUGUGGGCCGGUGCCGCGGACCCUGCAGCGCAGUCCAGGACUGCCCAGUCGGCGUCGCUCGCCGCGUACCGAGAAUGCCUCGCUUGGGGUCUGACGAACAGCAGUGCCCUCGCUGCCGGGCCGCUGCAACCAGCCACGGGUGCGGCUGCUGGCGGCACCGCCGCUGUGCCACUAGCGGGCGAGCCAGCGCCGAGCCUGCAGCCGGCGCCUGAACUGGCCUUCUGCCAGACCCUACUGCGCGGCACUGUGCUGCAGCACGUGCUGCCGGCGCUGCUGCGGCGGCAGGGCGGCUGCAGCGCUCACAGUUCCGAGGCCGCGUCUGAGCUCCUCACCGAUCUGGCGCAGUCCCUGGCGGCGGCGUCUGACCGGCAGCAGCAGCAGCAGCAGCAGCAGCGUGCUGGGAUUGCGGCCGCUGGGUCCGCUCCAGGUCCUGCCGCCGCCGCGGCUGCUGCCUCCUGCACGGUGGCCUGGGACUGCCUGAGCCAGCUGCUGCAAGAGUACCUCGCAAACACGCUUGGGGGCUUGGUAGCGGGGAUGGCGGCGGCUGCGGCUGACAGCGGCGGCGCAGUGCCGGCCGACAACAGCGGCGGCCCGAGCGACAUGGCGGCUGCAUGCGAGGGCGUGGCGCGCCUCCUGGGCCGCCUGCGUGCUGCGAGCAGCCCCGCCUGCGACCUGCUGGCCACCCAGGCUGCGUCCUCGGCCGCCGCCGGCCUCAUGGCGUGUGGCAGCGCCCUACCCACCGCGGCCUCCCAGCUGCUGGCGGCGCUGCUGCGCGAGCACGGCGCAUCCAGGGUGGCGGCGGCGGCGCUGUCGCCGGCCCCCUCCGGCGGUCUACCGCCUGCGGCCCCUGGCGCCGGCGCCUGCGACCUGCCUGCGGCUGCAACCGGUGCCCUGGGCGGCGGGCGCUUCCGCGGCGCUUCGGCCGCUGUGGGCGUGAGCCUCAGCCUCAGCCUGGACUCCCUCAUCGCCAGCUUCAGGGACGGCCCCGUGGCGGGCGCCGCCGCAGCCGCCGCCGCCGACCUGCUGGUGGCCUUCUGCCUCAGCCGCCGGGAGCCGGACCCGGACCCGGAGGGCGGAGGCGGCGCCCCGGCAGGCGGCUGUGGCGGUGCAGCGGCGGCGCUGUGGGAGCAAGUGAUGGCGGAGGUUCUGACGGGUGGGGCAGGCGGCAGCAACGACAGUGGUGCCAUGGACGCGGCAGGCAGCGCGCAGGCGCGACUGCUGCGAGCCACCCUGCUGCUGCAGCGCUUGGCUGACAGCAGCGACUGCCGCAGCGGCGUGUGCGCCUGGACCAGCGCAUCGCUGGACGCUGCGGCGGUGCGGCUGGCGUCAACUGCGCCGGCGGAGGCGGAGGCAGACGCGCAGGCAGGGCUGCUGUCCAACGCCCUGGGUGCCAACCCCGCCGGCCUGGUGAUGCUGGGCCCCGCCGCGGCGCUCAGCGUGCUGCAGGCGCUGACCGCGAGGCUGCGGACGCCAGCGGCGGCGUCAGCGCCUGCGGCAGCUGCGGCGGCCGUGUCAGCGCUGCGAGCGCCGCUGUGCGAUGCGAGCUGUGGGCUAUGGCGGAUGCUGCCCGAGGCGGCCUGUGAGGCGGUGGCGGCACUGGCGGCCGCGGCCUGGCAGGCGCCCGUCACGUCUGACGUGGCAGCGGACCUGCAGGCAGGGUCGGACGGGGACGAAGGGGAAGACGGCUGGGAGUCGCCAGCCACCAGCGAGCACGAGGACGCGGCGGAAGAGGAGGAGGAGCAGGAGGGGCAGGAGCUGCAUGGCGGUGCCGGCCGCGGCGCCGGGGCGCGAGACAUGGAUGUGGAUGUGGAUGUGGAUGUGGACGAGGCGGCACUGCCGGCACGGGUCCUGGGUGCCAGUGAGGAGGAGGAGGAGGACGACGAGGAGCAAGGGGGCAGCGUGGAGCAGUCGGCGUGGGCCCAAGCGUUGUCUGCCGCGGCACGGGUGUGGGGCGAGUGCCGGCCGUUGGCAGCUGCGGCCGAAGCGCUGCCCUCGGACGUCACUGACGCGCUGGUGACUCGGCUGGCUCGCGACCUGGCCUCUGCGGUGUGCGGCCACCACCAGCAGCCCCAGCAGCAGCCCCAGCAGCAGCAGGAGGGACAGGCGGGGGCAGACGGGGCAGUGGCCUCCUUCCGGCUGGGCGCCCGGGCCUGGGCCGUGCACGCGGCCCGCCUGGUGCGCUGCGUGCCCGGCGGCGCGUCACGGCGCUGUGCGGCUGUGGCGGCGCUGCUGGCCGCUGACCCGGCCUGGCGCACCUGGAGCGCCCCGGCGGCGGCGGCGGCGGCGGCGGCGACGGCGGUGCCGCCUGGUGGCGCUGCGGUGCCCUCGCUGCAGCACCUGGCCCGGCUGCUGCUGCGGCUGCUGCGGGAGGAGGGCGCCGGGCGCGGACUGCCGCGGCCGCUGCGGGGAUCCGCGGGGCGCAGCGGAGACGGCAGCGCCCUCCAAGACGCCGGCGCGGGGUGCAUGGGGUGGGUGGUGAUGGAGCUCCUGUGCGGCCACUAUGCUGCUGCUCGGGCGGCGGCGGCGGCGGCGGCCGACGAUGCGCUGCAGGGGGGCGCCACACAGCUGCCGAGUGCGUGCUGGCGCGGUGCGGUGGGCCGGGCGGCGGAGGCGGGGCUGCAGCGCCUGGUGUCGGCCGCAGUGCUGGAGGCAGCGGAGGAGGAGGGCCGGGGGCAGCAGGACGCCAGGUCGGCCGCCGCAGCCGCGCACGCGCCCCACCCGGCACCCCACCGCCGCCAUGGCGACCUGCAACUGCGGGCGCUUGUGGACGGGCUGGCGGCGGGCUGUGGCGCCGCAGCCGCAGCGGCGGCACCGGCGGCCGAGGCCGCCUACCUGGAGGGCCUUUGCCGGGUGGCGGUGGUGAUGGAGCGGGCGUCAGCGGCAGCACACGCGCGCCACCUGCGACUGCAGCAGCUGCGUGGGGCGGGCGAGGCAGACGGCUUGCUGCCGCCACUGCUGCCCCACCAGCAGCGCUUGUGCCGCCGCUGGCUAGCGGCGUGCAGCCCUGGCGCGGCGGCGGCGGCGGCGGCAAGCGCCUCUGCGUGCGGCCUGCCGCGGCGCGCGGUGUGCAGGCUGCUCCCGCUGGUGGCGGGGCCCUUGCGCCGAGCCGCGGCCUGCAGGGUGGGUGACGACGGCAGGCCGGCGGCCGCCGCGGAGGCGCUCCUGGUGGAGGCGGGUCUGCCGCAGCUGGCGGGUGAGUGGGUGCGCCACUGCCUGGCGCAGCCGGCCGUACUGGGCGACCCGCGGCCACUGCCGCAGCCCAAGGCUGACGCCGAGGCGGGGCCGCUAGAGUCGCUGCGCCUUGCGGCCGCAUGCUUCCCGGUGCCGGGGGCGCGCGGUGGCUGUGCCAGCAGCGGCAGCGGCGCGGCGGCGGCAGCGGCGGCGGCGGCGCUGGUGCGCUCGGGCGGCGGGGCGCUUGCGGCGGCUGAGCGGCCUCUGCUGCUGGCGCUGGUGCGGCACCAGGCGGUGCGGACUGCGGGCGCGGCGGCGGCCCGGCGGCAGCAGCAGCGGCCAGGCGCUCCGGACGCGCCGGGCCGGGCGGCGGCACAGCCUGUGCCUGUGCAGUCGGAGGAGGAGGAUCAGGAGGCGCAGGCGUGUGUGACGCGCCUGCAGCACGCCGCCGUGCUGUACUGCUGGCAGGACAUGGGGCAGCCCGACUGGCACAUGCUGCUGCAAGACGUGCAGGUCCAGUUGGCGGCGGCGGUGUCGGCGCUGCAGGCCGUGCUGCGUCAUGUCGCGGCCGCCGCCCGCGCAGCUGCUGAUGGUGUGCUGGGCCAGGCGCCUGGCUCCACACCCGCGGGGCCGGUGGCGCUGCAGCUGCUGCGCAAGCUGGCGCAGCGCGGCGUGCUGCCGAAGCUGCCGGCGGCCGCACAGCUGGCGGGGGCAUGCGAGGAGGCGGUGGGGGGCGGGGGGAUCGGGCCGGCGGCGCAGGCGGCUGCGCAGCUCGCCGCGGUGCUGGCGGAGCUGCAGGGCGACAUUGCGGCGGCGCGCGUCAGCAGCACCGCCGCGGGGGCCGCCGCCACUGCCCGCGAGCUGGGCGCCUCGGUGUCGUGCUGCUACAGCUCCGCGCUGCAGCUGGCGGUGCUGGCGGGCGGGCUGGCCUGCUUCACGGCCGGCCUGGGCAGCUGCGCCGCCGCGGCCACCAUCACGCACUGGCUGGCGGCGCACGACGUGUUCUGGGCGGCGGUGGCCAGGUGCACGGGGCAUGCGCUGCAGCCGGGCCGCGAGCACCUGGGCGCGGCGGCGGCGGCGGAGGCGGUGCAGGCCAGCACCGGCGCGCUGGAGGAGGCGGGCCUGGACGUGGUGGGGGCAGUGCUGGCGCUGGCGCUGGCGCCCUCGGGCGGCACCAGCGGCAACGCCACGCCCGCCAUGGUGCUGCAGCUGCGGCCGGCGGCGUACCGGCUACUACUGCUGCUGGGCGGCGACUCGUCGUCGCUGCUGGGCCGGCUGACGCUGGCGGAGGCCGUGGCUGCAGCGGCGGAUGGCGGCGGCGGCCAAGGCAGUGCGGCGGGCGAUGCGGCGGAUGUGCUGCCCGAGUACGAGGGUGAUGACGUGGCGUACCUCAUCGCCGGCGGCGUGCGGCCCGAGAUGGCGCCCCUGCUGCUGCCGCCACAGCCCGCCGCUGCCGCGUCAUCUGGCGGCGGCGGCGGCGGCUGUCCGGUGUCGUACCUGGCGGCUUGGUCGCUGCUGCUUGCGCACGCGCUGCAGAUGGACGCGGGCAGCCGGGGUCUGGCGGUGCUGCGGCAGCUGCUGCGGGAGGCGGGCCACCUGGUGCACGGCCUGCUGGGGCAGCUGGUGCCGCAGCUGGGGAUCACCGGCGGCGCGGGGGCGGGGGCGGGCGGGGCGGGCGCUUCCGCAAGGGCAAAGGGCGGCAGGCGGCAUGGCCAUGUGGCGCCGGGAGCAGCUGGCAGGGGAACGGGGCCGGGCGGCAGCAGCGGGGACGCCGGCGCCGCUGCCGGCGCUGCCGGGGAGGCCUGGCACCUGGCGGAGGUGCUGCGGGAGGUGGGCCUGCCGCUGGGCCGCCACGCGCGCCGCACCUGCUGCCGCAGCCUGUACCGGGCCGUGCUGCGCGCGCUGCCCGCCACUGCGCGCGGCUGGUUCGGCGACCUGCGCGACCGGGGGCUGGCCGCGGCGGUGGAGGCGUACACGGCGGCGGCGGAGGGGCCGGCACUGCUGGCGGCGGAGAUGGAGGCGGUGCAGGCUCUGGGCAAGGGCGCGGCCACCUCAGACUCUGACAGCAAGUUCAGCGUGCGCUGCUCGGCUGCUGCCCGGGAGGUGGUGGCGGUGCUGGAGGUGGAGGACGGCGCGGUGCUGGAGCUGGCGGUGCGGCUGCCCGCCUGCAUGCCGCUGAGGGCGCCCGAGGUGGAGUGCCGCCGCAAGGUGGGCGUGAAUGAGGGCCGGCUGCGCAAGUGGCUGCUGUCCAUCUCCACCUUCCUGCGCCACCAGAACGGCUCCGUGGCGGACGCCAUUUGCCUGUGGCGCCGCAACGUGGACAGCGAGUUCGCGGGUGUGGAGGCGUGCCUCAUCUGCUACUCCGUCAUCUCGUCAGUCAACGCGCAGCUGCCGCGCCUGGUAUGCCGCACCUGCGGUGUGCGCUUCCACCCGGCAUGCCUGUACAAGUGGUUCAAGAGCGCGGGCAAGAGUCAGUGCCCUCACUGCCAGGCACUCUGGUAGCGGGUACCUAAAUGCCGGAGCAAUGGGCGCGGGUGGCUGUUUGUCCCUGGUGUGUUCGUCACUGCCUAGGGGUUAUCCUACUGCCUAUGGCAGCAUACGUCGUCGCACAGGGCGAUGUUCUUCGUGGCUAGGAGUUGUGGCGCCUGGAAGCAGCGGUCCUGAAAUGCAGGGAGCCGCAGCGUUCACAGCGUGUCCUGGGGUAUGCGGGGCAGGACAGCGCUGACGCGUUGGCCAUGUAACCGCUGUGGUUGUCAGUCCAUCUGCCCGUCCCCAGAUGUCGGGAAGCGCCCCACAAACAGAACUAGGAGCCAAACACAGCACCAUGUGGCUCAAACAUGCACGUUGUGCCGUGAUAAGCACAAGCAAAGCGUGGGAGGGCUAAGUUGCGCGUCAUGGCGUGGACAUGUCGGCACAUAGCCCCACAUUCGGCACGUGCGCACUGACAUGGCGGCCCGCGGAAAGCAUGGAGCGGCCCGUUAGUGGGGCAGGCACGGGGCACUAUUCACAGGCACUAUUCGAGGCAGCGGUUACCUGGGUGUCGCGUCAAGUCGCGUUUGACCCGUCCAGACAAUAGGGCACCUAAAUACCUGAUG